GUUUAUUUUACUUCCUCCUUGCAAAAAGGGCUACAAUUCAUAAAGCAGUUUUCAUCAUUAAAGACGUCGUUUAUAUAUUUUAGGUAGUGUAAAGAGGAAUCCAAUAUGCCAAUGAUUACGUUUUCUGUUGUAACAAUUAUAUCAUCAUUAAUUAUUAAUAUAUUAGCAUUAAACGUAUGUAGGGAUAUCAGUACCAACUGCCAAUCAUGUGGCACCACGGAAUAUAGACAGAACUGUAUGAAAACAUGUAACGUUUGUAUGGUUCCAAACGUUGCCCUUGGUAAACCAACAAACCAGAGUUCUACGUAUUUUCAUGUUGGUUUGAAGUUUAGCUCUGUAGCAUCUUUAGCUGUAGAUGGUAAUACCAGUUCUGUUUUUGAAACUAUGUCCUGUUCCCAUACAGUAGAAGACGUAAGUGGUUGGUGGUGUGUUGAUUUACAACAGAUCUAUGACGUAGAGCGAAUAAAAAUUUUCAACAGAGAUUUACAUCAAUAUAGAUUACAAGGAUUUGAGAUAAAGCUACUUUCCGAUGAUCAGUGUAAUGAACAAGGAUUUAGAUCAGCUACAUCAUGUUAUAGAAAUACACCACCAACAGUACAAGAUGUAUAUACUAUAGAUGGAUGUAAUCAACAACCAUCUAGAUCUUUAUCUGCUAGAACAGUGUUUAUCAAGGCUACUGAUACACUCACAUUGUGUGAGGUAGAAAUUUAUGCUGGUGGUUAUUGUAACACUGGAUAUUACAGUACAUCAAAUACUACAUGUGAACCAUGUAAUGCCUGUUCUAAUAAAGCAUGUAAUCGUGAUAAUGGAGUCUGCGCAAAUGGUUGUAUUAAUGGUUAUUAUGGAUCAAACUGUCCGACACCAUGUCCUGCUAAUUGUGAUGGUACCUGCGAUAGAACAACGGGAGCAUGUAAAACAUGUAAACCAGGAUUUUAUGGCAACUUAUGUGAGUCUGUGUGUUCUAGUAAUUGCAAUGGUGGGUGUGAUAAAUCAGAUGGUAAAUGUAAUGACUGUAAACCUAACACAGUUGGUACAUAUUGUAAUUCCCCAUGUGGCACCGAAUGUCUACAAGACACGAAUCAGAAGAACAAGACGAUAUCAUGUGAUAGAGAAGGUAGAUGUACUGAUUGUAUAUUAGGAAGAUAUGGUGAUGGGUGUGAUAAGAUCUGUAGCUCUGCGUGUGUUGGUGGUUGUAAACGAGGAACUGGACUAUGUGAUAGGUGUAUUAAAGGUAAAGGCGGAGAUACCUGUGAUAAAGACUGUAAAGAAAACUGUACCGUUUGUAACCAAGAGGAUAUCAACAACUGUACUGAAUGUAAAUAUGGAAGAUGGGGAACAUCAUGUAAUAAACAGUGUAGUUCUAACUGUAAAGAUGGUUUAUGUCAUCAGAUAUCAGGACAUUGCAUCAACGGAUGUUUACCUGGUAAAAUGGGAACUACUUGUACAUCAGAUUGCAGAAAUGGAUUUUAUGGUGAAAACUGUGAAAUAAAAUGUGGGAAUUGUGCUAAUAAUAUAUCAUGUGAUAUAUCUAGUGGUAGCUGUGGACUGGUUGGCUGUAUAGAAGGAUAUACAGGACCUAACUGUCAUGUUAUAAUAUCUGAUGGAGCAACAAUAAAUCCCGUUUUAAUUGGUUUUAUUGGUUUUCUAUGUGGUAUACCAGUGAUGAUAAUAAUUUGUAUUGUACAUCAUUUCUAUACGAAAAGACGGCAAUCAACCCAGUCUACGGAUGUUGUCAAUGGUAAAGAUUUAAAUCCCACUAGAGCUAUACCAGAUGCAACAACCCACGUUGAGUAUAAAAACCAGUCGUACCUUGGGGAAGAAAACAGAAAUAUGUAUGAUACCAUAGACCAUACAGUAGAUUCAAAACCCAACACAUAUACAACAUUAUAUUCAAAUAUAUGACAAAUGUUUAAUUCAAAGUCAAGUUAUAAAACAGUUUGUUUCAUUUUGAUGAAGAACGUAACUUGACAUAGCAAUUUUUAAGGAAAACGAAACUAUACAAGGAAGUUAGUUUUUGAAUUUUUAAAAUGUUGUUAAGCACGGAUAUCCUCGUUUCUGAUGCUCAUAUUGGGCGCUUCAUAAACUUUCGUUGUUGUUUUCUAAAAUACUUCUCACUUGAGGACUUAACGUAGCUAACAUUGUUUUGCUCUAUGCUAUUUUGUAUAUUGUAAAUAUGUCUCACCAAUUAAAAAUAUUUUUGUAAGUUUGUUCACAAAAAUUUAAUUUUUAGUUUUUAGGAAUCCUGGUCCAACAGAUUGUAAUAUUCAAUAUGUAUAUCUAAGGGUGUAAGCAGAACUUGAAAAUAUAUUAUCUCAAAACAUUAGUUUGGAACGAAGAGUAUUAAAAAUCUAUUUUCGUCGCACCAAUCCGACCACACUAGGUCUGGUACCCACUCUGCAGAGUCAAGUUCUUGAGUUAAUUAUGAGAGGGGCACUUCAGGUACUCCAUCUUCUAAAUACCUCUUCACACUACGAAUUAUUGAAAUAAAAAGUCCUAGAUAGUUGGUAUUAAAGAUUUGUAUAUAGUUUAAGCGGAAAAAUUGAGCAUAUUCGCGAAGUUAUUGCUUCUGACAGACAGAUUGUUGAUCAAGGAAUGCUCUCGCGCAAACCCAUGUUUCACACCCCAUUUUGCAUUUUCUCAAAGGCAGUUCCACUGUUAUUGUCCGCUAAGAUUUUGUCUAAUUCUCAUAAAAUAUUUUAAAUUGUUUAGUAGUGUGCUAAAGACAUAGCUUUAUAAAUAAUCUUAUUUUGUAAAUCUACUGCAAAAGACGAUUCAUAUCACUGGCAUGCAGAGAGGGGUUUGGGGGGUCUACGGUCCCUGGUAUCCAUUUCUUGGUUCAUCCAAUCACUUAGUGGAAUCACACGUUGAAUACAAAGGUUAUAUACUUUCAUCUGUUUUUACAAUUUUAAAAUGUCUUCCUUUCUCAUAUUUCUGAGUAUUAGAUACUUGAGUGUAAUGUGCAAUGGGUUAUACAGUCAACGCAGAUCGUUUCGGUAGUAACCUACCAAACCCCUGCAUGUCACUGACUCCUAUCGAUCUUUGAAGGUUUUUAAAUGAGUGCUUCAAGAGUUAUUGCCCUGACAAAUUAUAGGAUUUUUUUUUAACAAACGUUGUAAAUGUACUUGCACUCACUUUAUAGAAUGGAUUUCUGUUGGACCCUGAUCAUAACCGUGUGUGUGUGUAGUGUACAUUUGCGAACCAAUAGGUUGAGCAAUUUAAUAGGCUAACUACUCUUUAGUUGCAUUAGCAAUUACUGAAAUGGACUUGCCUUGUCUUGCAAAUCGUUAUACAGAUUUUCCCAGAAAAUAGUAGCAGAGAAUUAAAUUGGUCUGAUAAUACUAGUAAACUAGUGAUGAUAGUUUGUAAAUUUUAAUGAUAAUAUAUGUAACAUUUUGUUGCUUGCUUUCAUUAAUAUUUGAUGACUUUGAUUCCAUUUAUUACCCUUUCUUAAUUUUUGUUACUUUUGCUUAAUUUAGUUGUUUUAUUAUAGUCCAGUGUAUAUUCUAUUUAUUAUCUCUUAGUAAUAUUUGUUACUUUUGGUAAAUGUAUUUCCUUUAAUAUUAAUUGUUACUUUUACUAAAUAUUUGUUGUUUUAUUAUAGUCCAGUGUAUAAUUCUAUUUGUUACUUUUGUAAAAUGUUUUGCCUUUAAUAUUAUUUGUUUAUUUUGCUAAAGUUUUCCUGUUUUAUGAUAGAAUAGUGUAUAUACUAUUUGAAAUUUCUUUGCUCCUGUUUACUCACUACAUUUUAUUACUUUAUUUUAGCGUUUUCCUGGAUUCUAUCCGGAUUGUCGCCCUUAUUGACAUUCUAACUCAUCAAGACGUUAACUGGCAGACUAUCGUCAUUCAAGAGACGACCGUUGUUAAGACCGGUCCCAUAUUUAUGUUACGUCUUUCUUGUAAAUAAUAGUUUUUAUUCAUUUUGAAUGAUGUCUGUAUAAUCUCGGGCCCUGGGCCCUUAUUCACGAAAACUUAAACUAAGUUACAACCGAAAUUUUAAGAAAUACUGCAACUUCAUUGGAUAUAUGCAAAUUGAUUUUACUGGUCAGCCAAUCGAAUUGCAGUAUUUCUUAAAAUUUCGAUUGUAUCUUAGUUUAAGUUUUCGUGAAUAAGGACCCUGGACUGUACAGCUUACAACCAUGGUUAUUGAACCUGCCUGUAUAUAAUCUGCGUAAUAAUGAUAUAAAUAAUACCUUUUUGCCCUUUAUAUAAGUAUAUUUUAAGCAAUUAUUUUUUUGUAGGGGGUGGGGGUGGGGGGUUACAGUAAAAUGUUGUAUAAAAUCUGUUAAUCUGUAUAACAUUGUACGAGGGCUAGCUGGAAAAUUCUGUUGGGCUGAAACAAACUUUUGCCACCAACAAGUACAGCCAUUGGAUGAAUCAUAGACAUAAGAACUGCAACUGUAGUGUUAUUAUUGUCUUCGUACCAGACCAUCUUGUCAACCUAUCCAUUGAAAUCUCCAGAAAUGGACAAAGUUGGCUAUAGGACAGUCAUCAAGUACCUGAACACAGAUACAUGCCGACAUGUGGAAUGUGGAAUUUAAGCGUGGCAGAAAGAGCAUUGACGAUGUCCCGCAAUGGUUAACGCGUGCGCGCUGGAUCUUAAUGUUUGUCAUUGAGUCAGGUGGCGUGGUAUCGUUUCCCCGCCUGUACGUGGCAAGAAGUAGGGGCACCUGUCCAACCUCGCGGGUUUUCUCUGGGCCCCCUGUAGUUUCCCCAGCUAUCUCUGUGGUUUUGUUUUUCUGAGAUAUCAAUUCUGAGAAAAAACUAUUCGAGCAAAGCGCGGACGCGACAUCUUGGGUGAAAAGGGAAAAUUGAGAAAACUUCAGAUAUUAAUUUUUCCUUUCAUUGUUACUAUAUUUAGCAAAAUGAAGGAAAACUGUUACAGUUUAAUAACUAUAAUUUGAUAUUUUCCCUGAUUUUUGGAAUAUGAUAUUAUAAUUAUAUGAUACAAUAUUCACUGUUAACAUGCUACAUUAGGUUACAUAUAAUAUAAU